UCUAAAUUCAUUCAGUUACGUUUGACAGGAGAGUGGGGAACGUGUUGUCCUCCGUGAAAGCUUUUCCUUUUCUUAAUUAUUUCAAUCAAUCGUUACUGCGUUUGAUGAAAAAUGUCGUACAAUAACCAAUCUGUAUAUCUCGUGUAAAAGAAAACUUUCAAUUUCUGUGAGAAUCGAAAAUCCUCAAAAUGAAGGCGAUCAUAGAGUUUGAAGAAUGUCUACGGGAUACGCCAAAAUUUCGGGCUUGCAUUGAGGAGGUUGAAAAUAACACUGAUCAAUUAGAACAAAAGCUGGAAAAGGUGUUGAAAAAUUGCAGUUCAAUGAUUGAUGCUGGAAAAGCAUAUGUGGGGCAGCAGAGUCAAUUUGCUAAUAGCCUGUGGGAUUUGUCCAUUUAUUUUAAUGAUGAUUCAGAAAUAAUGGCCUUUUUAAACAAACUCAUUCAUGCAUUACAAGAAAUGAACAAGUUUCACACGAUCUUGUUAGAUCAGGCAUCCAGGACUGUCGUCAAGGAUCUCAGUUCUUUCAUAAAGGGUGACAUAAAAAGAGUAAAGGAAUCGCGACAUUAUUUUGAAAAAAUAUCAACCGAUCUAGAUCUUGCGCUGAAUAAAAAUUCCCAAGUGCCAAAAUCACGGCCUGCAGAAUAUGAAGAGACUUCUAAUAUACUCUCAGCGACGAGGUCCUGCUUUCGUCACACCGCACUGGAUUACGUCCACGUGCUGACGAUGCUUCAGGCGAGAAAGCGUCACGAGAUCUUGGGAACAUUACUGAGCUACAUGCACGCCUGCUUCACUUAUUAUCAUCAAGGUAGUGAUUUGGCACAAGAUCUUGAUCCUUUUCUGAAAGGACUCAGCGACGAUUUGGUCAGGAUGCGCGGGGACUCGGCGAAACUCGAAAAGGAAAUGGAAAAUCGACACAUUUACGUGACAAAUCGCGACUUGGUGCCGUCACCAACUCCAGGCAAUCCAAAAAUGGAGGGAUAUUUAUUUAAGAGGACGAGUAACGCAUUUAAAACAUGGAACCGUAGAUGGUUCUGUCUUAAGGACCAUCAAUUGGUCUACAGAAAACGGAUUGGUGAGGAUGACUAUACCAUAAUGGAGGAAGAUUUACGUUUGUGCACCGUUAAGCCAGUCGUGGAUUGCGAGAGAAGAAAUUGCUUUGAGGUUCUCAGCCCAACAAAAAGUCACAUGCUUCAAGCUGAUAGUGAGGAAAUGUACUUAGCUUGGGUUACAGCUAUGCAACAGGCCAUUGGAGCUGCCAUUCAAAGGGGUAUGAGUACUGGAUCUAAUGCUAAUACUCUUCAGUCACAUAUUCGAGAUAGUAAAGGUCCACUUCGACCUUUACCUAAACCCAAAUCUAGAGUUUGGGAGCAAUUAUUAAAAAUACCAGGGAAUGAUGUGUGUUGCGAUUGUGGUGGCGCUAAUCCGAAAUGGGCUAGCAUUAAUUUAGGUAUCACUCUUUGCAUAGAAUGCUCAGGGGUGCAUAGAAGUCUUGGUGUCCACUAUAGCAAAGUUAGGUCCUUAACGCUGGACGAUUGGGAGCCAGAGAUACUGAAAGUCAUGGCAGAGCUUGGCAAUACCGUUGUUAAUAAUGUCUAUGAAGCUCUGCCAAUACCUCCAGACAUAACUAGAGCAACAGCGAAGUGUAACGCAAAUAUUCGCGAGGCCUGGAUAAAGGCUAAGUAUGUAGACCGGAAGUUCGUGAAGCCUUUAUCAUCCGUGAAAAAUGCGGACCAGCACACAAGCCGGGAAUCUAUGCACUUCCGAAAGUGGAGUGUGCGGAAACUGCGCAGACGACCAAGGAGUCGCGAUAAGAUGGACACGUUAAGUCGUAACAAAACUCUGACAUUGACUUCCGUCAAGGAAACGCGUCAUUCUACAGGGUCAGAUGACAGUAAAGAUACAUCAAUCGAGAGUCUUAAUUUUGUUGAAAAGUCGAAAUUAGCUGAGCAGAAUUCGCUGAGUUCCGAAGACAGUGCUAAUCUGGAUUUGAAGAAUGAAUCUACUUUGUAUGGCAAAAUAUUAACCCGUGCGCACAGUGAUAUUAAUGAAAACAAAAAUCAGAAAACAAGUGACUCUCUGGAAUCUUUUACUGAUAAAAAGUCCCAGGAUCACCACGUUAUUGAAACACAAGAUAAGAGCGAUAUCCAUGACACUGAAAGUAACUGUGAGAGUGAUAUAUCUGAAAAGAGUAGUGAUUCGUUGAAUGUUAGUAUGAAUAUUGAAGCGUGUGAUAUUAAUGAGAGCAAGGACACUGGAACAGAGAAGAUUAAGAGGGAAAAAGUUCAGGAAUCUGACGUUCUAAUGUUUGGCUGUGAUUUACCGAAACCGACCAUUGAAGGUAGCUUGGAAUUGAGCUCGGAUCAGGACUCUACAGCUGGGGAAGAUGAGGAGUUUGAGGAGGAGGAGGAUAUUGAGAAUCUACAUCCGGAAAUGUUACUGUACAAAGCUGCUGCAGCUCAUAAUCUUCCGGUUAUGUGCGCCGCGCUGGCGAACGGCGCUGAUAAAUUAUGGGCGAAUGUUAAUGACAGAGGACGCAGUGCUUUGCAUCAGGCUAUCAUAAGCGGCUCUGUAAUGUCGUGCGAGUAUCUUCUAUUAAACGGCGCACGAAUCAAUUGUCAGGAUAUUGAGGGCAAGACACCAUUGUACUUAGCUACAGAAUUAGGACACACAGCCCAAGUAUGCUUAUUACUGAAGCACCGUGCGGAUCAACAUAUACAAGAUGAAAGUGGUGUAAAACCGCUGUCAAUUGCUGUGAAAGAAGCAAAUGCGGAUAUCGUCACGCUGCUACGACUGGGACUGCUAAACGAAGAGAUGAAAGAUUCGGACAUUGGCGUUACCGGGGAUGAAACUUUCAACGAUGUGGUUCGUGAUUUCAGUCAGUUGGCGUGUUCGCAUCCGGAACGAUUGCAGCGCCGCAACGACAAUACUAGUAGUAAUAAUAGUAACAACAGUUCCAAUGUUCUUGAAUAAUCGUUAGCGCAACAGGUGCCAAAGGAAAUACGAAUUUAUCAAACCCGGCAAUUUUUUAAUUUUUUUUUUCCACGGGAAAUUUCAAAUGUGCUGAGAGUCUAUUAUUAUUAUCAGCUCCCUCUUAUAGUAGGGAUAGUGAACGCAAAGAGGGCAGUGCCAGGAUAAUAUAAGCUUCUCCCACCUCAUCUACCCCAUAUAUUUUUUCUGUGCUCUGAUUAAAAAAACACUGAAUCCGUUCCGUGAAACUUCUCGACAGCAUCAACGGUGGAAUUGUUCACUGAUUGUCAGUUACAUAAAAUGAACGUCCCGCCUAUUAAACGCGUACCUGAGUAGGAGCACUGCUUUUUAGCGGUACAGGUGUUCUUAACGAGACCAGCAACUUUUUUCCUGUGAAUUUAGAGGAUCUCGAGGUGUCCACGGAUGAUUCAAGAAGGAUCGUCACAAGCACCCGAGAGAAAAGUGUUUUUUUUGGGGGUUAAUUUUUUUUUGCCAGCCUGGUGAUGACAUUUCUUAUAUUUUUGUUUUUGUAUUUACACUAAGCACAGCUACACUUAUAGCAGCAAAUUCACUGACAUAGCAGCGAGACUGCUUUCUAGAUUUUCUUUUCUAUUAUUUAAUUACUUUGAUAUUACGUUAGACACUUGUGUAGCUAUUAAUAUUGUUUAUUUCGUUAGAUAAGGAUUCUAUUGAUAUCGUUUCCUCGUACCACAAUAUUUUUAUGGCAUCAAGCAAUGCUGUUGUCUGCUUUUUGGUCGAACGAUACGUGUAGGAUUGUAGAGAUGAUUGUGUAGCGCGUGUCCUUGUAUGCAGACAGCCGAAUGAGCUUUACUUAAUUAUAAAUUGGAACCCUGUUUGUAACGACGAAGGGUAUUGUUAACAGCGUAGAUUUUCCUUGUUAUUCGUUGCCUGUAUUUUUACAUUUUCUAAAAAAAAAAAGAGAAACAAGGAGGACUAUGUUUUCGAGUCUCUUGUACUUUUUACACAUGAUCGCGAUAAUACCAUGCGAUUACACACAAAUAUCUACGCUUAACUUUAUGUUUCUAUAUUCGUUCACAUUAUUUCGUGUGUUAUUUAUCCAUAAAACAGCACAGAAUCUUACCAGUGCCGUUUGACAAUAUUGACUGCAGAAAGUUGAAAAUUAUUAUCGUGAAAGUCUAUAAAUGUAUGCAACACUAUGCCGUGAGAACUGUCUCGUAAAAUUAAUCGUUGAUUCGUCAAAUGUAUAAUCAAAUCUGCAUGCAGAAGUCGUUGCCAAAUUUUUAGAUAUUUGUAUAUAGUUUACUAUAGGUAAUGUAUUCCCAUAGAUCUGAUCGUUGAAAUUUCGAUAUUUUUACGUAUACAUCUCAACAACGAGUGCGUGUGCGCGUAAACGUGUAAGACCAUUAUAAUCAGGGACAGUAAUGAUGAGUUGAAGAAAAAAGAAAGAAAAAGAAUAAAAAAUAAUAAAGAUAUAUCCUCAUCGCGCAAGCUAACUGGAGAAUCGAAUAUUUUAAUUAGUCUGUUCACGUUUAACGAUUGCGGUUCGCUUAGUACAAUAUUUAUACGUGGGUUUCUCUCGAAGUUCCAUUGUACAAAAAUCUUCGAGCUUCGAAAUGCUUGGCAAGGAAAUUUUGAGAAUCCGCGUGGACUUAAAUGUCAUAAACGUUAGUUAAAAUUUUGGUCUAAUUAUAAUUGAUACGAGGAGAUGGCUUUUACACUAGAGGCGAUCCCGUACAGUAUUCUAGGGUGACAUGUUACUUGUUUAUUACAACUUGCGAAAUUUAACGUUACGGCGAAUCGAGGUGAAGCUAAGGGAAGUAUGAGAAAUCCCCCAAAAAAAUGAGCAAUUCAAAAACCAAUAAUUUCUCAAAUACUAUUUAUCAUUGUUUUCACUACUAUCUGGUUUAACAGAGGUUUUCAUUUUUACAAUCAAUAUAAUAGUCGAAAUUUAAAAUUUCUAAUUUUCCCGCUUCUUCCAACUUGCGUCUGUUACAACUACUUUCGCGUAGUUCCGGAAAUCCAAUACGAUCUUUUCCAAAAUUUUUUUUAUUAUAUCCAGCAUCCCUUUAUCUUUGUAACCAUUCCCCCUUACAGUUAAUGACAUCGUUACGGAGUAGCAUAUAACAUAAAUAAAAAAUUAAUAGACGCAUACAGUCGCCAGUCGCCACAAAUUUCUCAACCAAGAAGAAACAUCCAUUUGGGUGUAGCGAAAUUUGAGAAAGACGACUGUAUAUUGUUUAAUGAAAGAAGAAGAAAAAGAAAUUGAAACUUUCGUACCAGCGAUCUUAAUUACAACGUACUGCCUCUCUUUUCUUUUCUACAUCAAGGCCUCCUGUCGACAAUGAUAAAACGGUGGGCGAUAACUGCCUAUGUUUCGCUUUCUUUCUUUUCUUCUUUAUCUCGUAGCAAAAGUUUGGACCAAUCCGAAUCGUUAUCCGAAAAAAAAUAUCGUGAAUGGUUGGCUGUCGAGAAACAGCAAGUAAUAUACAUCACUGUAUUUAUCUUAAUUAUAAUAAACAUAAAGCGAUCAUUCAGUGUGCACUA